AUGGAUGGGCCAGAAAAAGCCCCGGGCGCAAGUUCCGAUGAAAUUCAGUACGACACCGAAAGCGCCAUGACGAUCAUGGGCGACGAAAUUCCCAGCAAGGAAAGCCCCAACCUCAAAGGAAAUGACUGGAGCAUGAUGGCCAAGCUCCAGGAGGAGAAUGAUCGCAACCUGGCAGCUGGAUUUAAAAGGCAGGAACUCGGUAUCACUUGGCAAAAUCUCAGCGUGGAGGUAACAAGCUCAGAGGCCGCUGUGAAUGAGACUGUUCUCUCCCAGUUUAAUAUUCCCACCAAAAUCAAAGAGGGCCGACGAAAGCUUCCUCUGCGGACGAUCCUCAACAACAGCCAUGGCUGUGUGAAGCCCGGUGAAAUGUUGCUUGUGCUGGGCCGCCCCGGCUCCGGCUGCACGACAUUGUUGAAAAUGCUUGCCAAUAGACGUGGAGGAUACAAAUCAGUGGAGGGCGAUGUUCGCUUUGGAUCUAUGGGGCCUGAGGAAGCUAAGAUGUUCCGGGGCCAGAUUGUGAUGAACACCGAAGAAGAGAUCUUUUUCCCAUCCCUAACCGUUGGUCAAACUAUGGACUUUGCAACGCGCCUCAAGGUCCCCUUUCAUUUGCCGGACGGUAUGACGGCCUCGGAAUACCAACAAGCAUCGAAAAAGUUUCUCCUCGAAUCCGUGGGAAUCUCCCACACCGAGGAUACCAAGGUCGGUAAUGAGUACGUUCGUGGAGUGAGUGGAGGUGAACGUAAACGAGUUUCUAUCAUCGAAUGUAUGGCCACUCGAGGAUCCGUCUUCUGCUGGGAUCAAUCAACUCGCGGUCUUGACGCCUCCACUGCCCUGGAAUGGACCAAGGCUAUCAGAGCCAUGACUGACACACUCAAUCUGUCAACCGUGGUUACUCUGUACCAGGCUGGUAACGGCAUUUACGAUUUGUUCGACAAGGUCCUUGUGCUUGAUGAAGGAGAACAAAUCUUCUACGGCCCCAGAGAGCAAGCCAGGCCAUUUAUGGAGGAAGCCGGAUUCAUCUGCCGCGAAGGUUCCAACGUCGCCGAUUUCCUCACUGGUGUCACCGUUCCCACCGAGCGCAGAAUUCGAGAUGGUUUCGAGAGCCGCUUCCCCCGAAACGCAGAGGAGUUGAGAGCCGCAUAUGAGAAAUCAUCUAUCUACACUGAAAUGACAGCAGAUUACUCUUACCCAGACUCCGAGCUCGCGCGCGAGCGGACAGAAGAGUUCAAGCAAGGUGUGGCCUUCGAAACCUCUAAAAAUCUGCCAAAAAACAGCCCCUUCACCGUUGGCUUCGUUGAUCAGGUCAAGAUUUGCGUGCAGCGCCAGUACCAAAUCCUCUGGGGUGACAAGGCUACUUUCAUCAUCAAGCAAGUGGCAACACUAUGUCAGGCUUUGAUUGCUGGCUCUCUGUUCUAUAACGCCCCUGAUAACUCUGGCGGACUUUUUAUCAAAUCUGGAGCCCUCUUCUUCUCUCUUCUCUAUAACAGCUUGCUCGCCAUGAGUGAAGUGAACGAGUCCUUCUCUGGCAGACCGGUGUUGAUCAAGCACAAGGGAUUCGCUUACUUCCACCCGGCUGCUUUCUGCCUUGCCCAAAUUGCUGCGGACAUACCUGUAUUACUUUUCCAGAUUUCCAUGUUCGGUCUGGUCCUUUACUUCAUGGUUGGACUCUCAAUGUCCGCCGGUGCAUUCUUCUCAUACUGGAUUAUCGUCUUCGCAACGACAAUGGCUAUGACUGCUCUUUUCCGAGCUAUAGGCGCUCUCUUUUCUACCUUUGAUGGAGCCUCCAAGGUCUCCGGUUUGCUCAUCAUGUGCACCGUUCUGUAUACCGGUUACAUGAUUCCAAAGCCUACAAUGCACCCAUGGCUCGGCUGGAUCUUCUGGAUCGAUCCUCUUGCCUACGGAUUCGAGGCUUUGCUGAGCAUAGAAUUCCAUGAUAAGAGCGUCAUCCCUUGUGUUGGAACGAAUCUGAUCCCUACUGGCCCCGGAUACGAAGAUGUCCAGGCAUAUCAAUCUUGCGCCGGUGUGGCCGGUGCGAUCCAAGGUCAGAACUUCGUGGUUGGCGACAACUACCUAGCAUCGCUAUCAUACAGUCACUCGCAUGUCUGGCGCAACUUCGGUAUCAACUGGGCCUGGUGGGCUUUGUUUGUUUUCCUCACAAUUGUCGCAACUUCGAGGUGGAAAUCACCCUCCGAGGCGGGUAGCACGCUGGUCAUCCCUCGGGAAUACUUGCACAAGCACCUCAAAAAUACCCAAAAGGACGAAGAAGGCCAAAAUUCAGACAAGAAGGUUUCCCAAACCAAAGAUGAGGACCCAAAGCUUGAUAACCAGUUAGUCCGCAACACGUCUGUCUUCACAUGGAAGAAUCUUUCAUACACAGUUCAGACGCCUAGCGGUGACCGAGUCCUCCUUGACAACGUCCAUGGAUGGGUCAAACCUGGAAUGCUUGGUGCUUUGAUGGGCUCUUCUGGCGCCGGUAAGACAACUCUCCUCGAUGUCCUCGCCCAGCGCAAAACCGAAGGAACUAUCAAUGGUUCUAUCAUGGUCGAUGGUCGCCCACUACCAGUCUCGUUCCAACGCUCAGCCGGUUAUGUGGAGCAGUUAGAUAUUCACGAACGUAUGGCAACAGUCCGGGAAUCACUGGAGUUCUCUGCCCUAUUGCGUCAACCUGCUACCACUCCUCGCGAAGAGAAACUUGCCUACGUGGAUGUUAUCAUUGACUUACUUGAGCUCCACGAUUUGGCUGAUACUAUGAUCGGGAGUGUUGGAGCUGGACUGAGUGUCGAACAACGCAAGCGUGUUACUAUCGGAGUCGAGCUUGUUUCUAAACCCAGCAUUCUGAUUUUCCUCGAUGAGCCUACCAGUGGUCUUGAUGGCCAGAGUGCGUACAACACCGUCAGAUUCCUUCGCAGACUUGCAGAUGCUGGUCAGGCUGUAUUAGUCACCGUUCAUCAACCAUCUGCCCAGCUUUUCGCCGAGUUUGAUCAGCUUCUUCUUUUGGCCAAAGGGGGAAAGACUGUUUUCUUCGGUCCAAUUGGCGAGAAUUCGCAGGGUAUUAAAAGCUAUUUCUCUCGUUACGGAGCACCAUGCCCGGCUGACACCAACCCUGCUGAACACAUGAUUGACGUUGUUUCGGGUCAACUGAGUCAGGGCAGGGACUGGAACAAGGUCUGGCUGGAAUCACCUGAACACAGUGCUAUGCUCAAGGAACUCGACGAGAUCAUUGAAACCGCUGCAACUAAACCGCAAGCUACCCUCGAUGACGGACGCGAGUUCGCUACUACCCUCUGGGAGCAGACGAGUCUCGUUUUGAAACGUACUUCGACGGCCUUGUACCGAAACAGUGACUACAUCAACAACAAGUUUGCCCUCCACAUCUCAUCAGGCCUAUUCGUGGGCUUCAGUUUCUGGAUGAUCGGUGACUCGGUCUCGGACCUUCAGAGUGUCCUAUUUUUCAUCUUCAAUGCCAUCUUCGUCGCACCCGGUGUGAUCAAUCAACUGCAGCCUACUUUCCUUGAACGUCGCGAUCUGUUCGAGGCUCGUGAGAAGAAGGCCAAGAUGUACUCCUGGAAAGCGUUCACUAUCGCCUUGAUUGUCUCAGAGUUCCCAUAUCUGGUUGUUUGUGCUGCUCUCUUCUUCAACUGCUGGUAUUGGACGGCCGGUAUGGCAGUCGACUCCAGUAAGAGUGGUAGCAUGUUCUUUGUAUUCUUCCUCUACGAGUUCCUUUACACUGGAAUUGGUCAAUUUGUCGCUGCGUAUGCACCAAAUGCCCAGAUGGCUGCUAUGAUCAACCCUCUAGUAUUGGGCACAAUGAUCUCUUUCUGUGGUGUUUUGGUCCCGUACGCCCAAAUUGUCAGUUUCUGGCGAUACUGGAUGUACUGGCUCAACCCAUUCAACUACCUCAUGGGCAGCAUGUUGGUUUUCGGGCUGUUCGAUCGCGAAGUCCACUGCAAAGAUCAGGAAUUCGCCAUGUUUAAUACACCCAAUGGAACGACUUGCGGUGAAUACCUUAGCGAUUUCAUGCAGACCAUUGGUACACGCAUGAACCUCAUCAAUCCCGACGCCACCGAAGGCUGCCGUGUCUGUCAGUACACCUAUGGAUCCGAUUACCUCACCACCAUCAACCUGAUGGACUACUAUUACGGCUGGAGAGAUACGGGAAUUGUCGCUCUGUUCGUCGUUAGCUCGUAUGCGUUGGUGUUUGGUCUCAUGAAAUUGAGAACCAAGGCAUCCAAGAAGGCGCAGUGA